AGCCACACCGUCUGGGGAGAUCAUUGUUGGGGGGUGGCUCCUUGCCAGACCAGAGGGGCGGGAGCCAGGGCUGUACUUUCAAAACGGCGCGAUGCAGGAAGCGGCCUCGAGGUGGCGCCAUCUGCCCACGCCUGGGCCGUUUGGGUUCAAUUUUCAGCACUGGGCCCGCGUAUGCUAGGUAAGUGUUCAACCACUGAGCCACACCCCAACCUUACAUUUUGAGGCAGGGUCUCGCUAGGAUCCUAAGGCUGGGCUCAAACUUUGAGAUCCUCCUGCCUCAGCCUCUCGAGCAGUUGGAAUUACAGGGAUGCUGUAGUGCGCCAGCCUGAAAAUUUGAAGCGCUUUGUGGUCUCCCGCUUUGACUUUGGGACAGCUGGUCCAACUCUUUUCUGUCAUGCAAUUGGAUGAUGCUGGCCCCACCCCCAAUCAGAACUGGACUCUCAUUGGUCAGGAAUUGCUCCUUUGGCUGCCUGAUUGGCUCACAGGCAGCACGAGGGUGGGCCUCCGGCAUGUCCUGUGGGUUUGUGGAAAAUUUUCCCGCUUCCGGAAGUUGGCCGCAGCCGGUACCCACUGUGGCCCAGGAGCCGAGAUCUCAGUCCUCAGUGCCGAGAGGACGGAGCCGAAGCCACGGCAUCCAGAGCCUGCGGGUCGGCUCGGGCUUCCGGAGCGAACCGUACCCUGUGACAGCCACAGCUACGGGGCGAGAAAGCCCUUUCAGAACCGCGUGGCGCACAGCGGUGAUACCAGCAGUUGGAGAGGCCGAGGCGGAAAGGUCGCGAGUGUGAAGACAUCCCGGGCCAUUUAGGGAGACCCUGGGUGCACAGAACAAGAAGAACAAAGGUCGGGGCCAUGCACAGUGGUAAAGCACCCCUGGAUUGACGGAUCCAUACGUUAAAGACAAUGUCUGGAAGCUUCUAUUUUGUAAUCGUUGGCCAACAGGAUAAUCUAGUCUUUGAGAUGGAAUUUUUGCCAGCUGGGAAGGCGGAAUCCAAAAAUGGUUAUCGUCAUCUGAACCAGUUCAUAGCUCACGCUGCUCUUGACCUUGUGGAUGAAAACAUGCUUGAAAACUGUUCAAACAACAUGUACUUGAAAACCGUGGACAAAUUUAAUGAGUGGUUUGUGUCAGCGUUUGUCACUGCCGGCCACAUGAGAUUUCUUAUGCUUCAUGACAUAAGACGAGAAGAUGAAAUCAAGAACUUCUUUACUGAUGUUUAUGAUUUGUAUAUAAAGUUUGCAAUGAAUCCAUUUUAUGAACCCAACUCUCCUAUUCGAUCAAAUGCAUUUGAAAGAAAAGUUCAGUGUCUUGGGAAGAAACACCUUUUAAGCUGAAUGCAGAAAAAUUGAAAAUAAACUGUUACAUACUCA